CCACCUCCCCUCCCUUUUCUGACCCACGACCCCCACCCCUCUUCAUCCCUCGACUACAAAUGCGGCGCAACCGUGGGCGCAGCAGCAGCCGGCGAGUGUGUAGCAGGAUGCUCUCGCUCUCGCCAUCGCAUCGCGCACAGUAGACACUCAAAUCCGAUUGCCGAGGGGGAGAAGGCGGAGACCCGUUGCAACGGCUAGUUGCGGCGGCCCGAUGGACCCGUCGUCCCAUGGCGGCGGCGCCGCCGAUGGAAGUGCCGACGGCCAUAGCCAAAUUCUGUGGGAUUGGACAGCAGAGCAUUGUGAACCUAAUGGUUCAAGUCAUGCAGAUGCUACCAAAUUCGUGUGGGAUUGCCUCAAUCAAGAUGAUGAUGAGCUGUUGGGAUUGCUUGGAAAUCAAACCCCAUUGAGAGACUGCCGCAAUUUCUUUGCUGACCUUGGUGAUAUCACAUGCAAGGAGACCUUGGACCUGGAGGAAUCUCGGGAAUCAAAGCGGCGACGCACAUUGGAGUACCCUUCAGAGUCUAGUCAGUCAGAAGUUGGGACUCAUGGUACUGGUUCACCUUUCGUUACACCUGAGGUAGCAGAAAUUUCAUUGCUCUGCGCUGAUAAACCACAGAGCUUAAAUUGUGAUAUGCACAACACUUCAAAUAAUUUAGAUGAAGCACCCUACCACCAAGAAGAUAAUCUUUUGGAACAUUGCUCUUAUGAAACUCCUGUGUACCUCGAGCCUGAUCAAACGCCUUGUAGCCAGGAGAGCAUUGCAUGUAUAAAUGAUCAAGCUGGUAUUUCAGGAACAACUGAGAUUGCACCAAUGACAGAAAGUUUCAUAAUGCAGGAAACUAGGAAGCUUUCUACACUCAAGGUCUCCAAAGGACCAAGCUCAUCACUAGUUAGGGUGAAGGAAAACUUAACUAUCUCAGUAGCAUAUCCUUUUACUCUCAUCAAACCAUCUUGGGAGGAAGGUGAUGUUACCUUACAGGAUAUAAAUCAGCGAAUCCGUGCUCCUCCUAAGAAGGCCCCGGAGAUCCUUGGAACUUCAGCGUUCUCUGGCAAGCCAGUGAUUGGCAAGACAAGAAUCAGAACAGAAGGGGGGAAAGGAAGCAUCACAAUACUAAGAACAAAGGGCUGAGAACCGGAAAAUACCUUUGAUCCUUAUUUAUCUGCCAGUCUCUCCAUUUAUCAGAAGAGAAAGGGGAGAAGGCAGCUCCCUGGUGGUCAAUUGUGCAGGCACAUGAGGCUGCCAUUGAUUCACAGUUCAAGGAACAGAAGGCAUAGAACCUGAUUAUGCCAUGGAUUCUUAUUUAUCUCCCAUUCUCUUGAUUGCUGUUGGCCCUUUGGUCCAUGUGCAGGCCUCUGUAGCUUUCCAGCUGUUACUUUUUUCUUUCAGUUUUGUACCGUGGCUUUGUCUUGUGAAUUACUGUACAUGCAAAAGCAAAACUCCUUCAGAUGUUCAGCAUUCUUAUGGUGUAUUUAUAACAUGUGGUCGAUGAUAUAUACAAAAAUCUGAAGUUAAAGGAA